AUGGCAGAUACUUACCAACUAGUCCAGUCCAGCUAUGGUGAUAUAGCAAAGAAAACUGCCACCAAUCCGGAACAAGAUAGCGAGAAGAACAUUGCCAUGGCGUUUGGCUACACCGAGGAAGAUCUUCUUUCUCUCCCGGAAAAGACAAACCUUGGUCUAAGCUGCGGUAAUCCUGUGGCGUAUGCGAAUGUAAAGGAGGGAGAGACUGUAGUCGACCUCGGCAGCGGAGGUGGCAUUGAUGUCUUUCUCGCAGCGCACAAGGUGGGUCCUACAGGAAAGGCAACUGGGGUCGACAUGACCAGGAAUAUGAUCGAUCUAGCAACAAAGAAUGCUAAUGCAUCUGGCCUAUCCAAUACAUCUUUUAUCGAAGCAUCAAUCACCUCAAUUCCACUACCAGACUCAAGCGUUGAUUGCAUAAUCAGCAAUUGUGUCAUCAACCUUGUUCCCACAAAGGACAAAAGUCUUGUAUUCCAUGAAAUUGCUCGAUUACUGAAACCUGGGGGAAGGCUUGCCGUUAGUGAUAUCCUGGCGAGAAAAGAGCUUCCUGAGAGCAUCGCUAACGAUAUGACACUUUAUGUGGGAUGUAUUGCGGGUGCCAGCCAGGUUGUUGGGUAUGAGGAAUAUCUUCGACAAGCAGGGUUUCAAGACAUUUUUCUCGUUGAUACAAAGGCGAACCUGAAUAUCUACAAGGAGUUCUCCUACCUACAACAAAGUACAUGCUGUGCACCCUCGAGUUGCUCCGAGCAGGCAAAGACUGAAUCUGCAGAAAUUGAUUACAAUGAAUGGGCCGGCUCCUUUCAGAUCUAUGCUGUUAAGCCCAGUGUGUAG